UGGCAACAUAUAGCAAGUGCAGGUUUUAAAACUGUCACACAGAGAGAGAGAGAGAGAGAGAGAGAGAGAGAGAGAGAGAGAGAGAGAGAGAGAGAGAGAGAGAGAGAGAGAGAGGGAGGGUUGGGGCUGAAGUAAAAUUACUGUAGUAGAAGAACAGAAAGAGACCUACACACCUCAUCACAGAGAGACGAGGGAGUAAGCGUCCAGAGUAAGAGGGAGAGAGAGUGGGAGGAGAACAAAGAGUGGGAAAAAGGCAACCAUGCUGAGGAGGAAGAGGAGCGUAUCCUUUGGAGGAUUUGGAUGGAUUGACAAACCAUCAGUUACUUCUCUUCGAACCCGGAAGCAGGAGAUGCUGACCAUCUCAAGUAUUCCCCUGGCAGACUGCCCUCCAUCUCCACCAAGAACUGCUCCUGCUGCCUUGAAGUCUACACCAUUUUUUGAUUCACUCGAAAAGAUGGAGCAGGUGUCUGAGGUGGAUGAGAUGAGACCAGGCUCACAGGGAGUAAAGGAUGACUUAUCCGUUCCAUAUCUGAGUAUCGAAAAGGUGCUAGAGGAUGGUCCGCCAUACCCUCAGGUGAUCCUUCCACGGCUUGGAGGUUAUUGGGUCGAAGAUCCUGAGACUCCAGCCGCCACCCCAAACUCUGGAGAAAGCAGUUGUUAUUAUGAGGAGGAUGAAGAAGGCAUGAACUCAGGGGGAGAAUUUGGAUAUCGACUGGAGAGUAACUAUGGCAUAAAAGCCUACCGCAACCACUUUCUGGGCAAAGAACACCUUGACUUCUACUGCACGGCCAGCAACCAUGGCAACCUCGUCAUGUCCCUCCGGCAUGAAGAAACAAAGGAUCAGGAGCAUCUACACAUCAUUUUAAGGACUCCAGCAAAGACAAUCUAUAACAGGAUUUUGGUCACAGGUUUGCCUGAGCUCCCCAGUGUCCCACAGUUAGCCAAGCUCCUUUGUGAAGAUAUUGGCAGCUUCAGGUUUAGUCCCGUGCUGUAUCCUAGGGGAUCUCAGUUAAUCAUGAAUUACGAUGAACAUGAGCUUAACAAUACUUUCAAGUUUGGUGUCAUCUACCAGAAUUUUGGUCAGACAUCAGAAGAGGAGCUGUUUGGAAACAGUGUGGAAACACCAGCUUUCAGUGAGUUCCUCCAAGUCCUCGGAGACUGUGUGGAACUGCAGGAUUUUAAAGGUUUUCGAGGUGGUCUGGAUGUCAGUAAUGGGCAGACAGGCUCUCAGUCAGUUUACACUGUGUUCAAAGGCCGGGAGCUUAUGUUCCAUGUCUCUACCAAGUUACCUUUCACAGAAGGAGACACACAACAGCUUCAAAGGAAGAGACAUAUAGGAAAUGACAUAGUGGCAGCAGUUUUCCAAGAAGAGGCCACACCCUUUGUGCCUGACAUGAUCGCAUCCAACUUCCUUCAUGCAUAUAUCCUGGUUCAGGUGGAGAAUCCCGGGACAGACGAUACCACAUACAAGGUCUCCGUCACAGCAAGAGAUGAUGUGCCACACUUCGGUCCUCCGCUCCCAAAUCCACCAGUCUUCAGAAAGGGCCCAGAAUUCAGAGAGUUCCUGCUGUCUAAGCUGAUCAAUGCUGAGCUGGCCUGCUACCACUCAGAUCGAUUUGCCAAGCUUGAGGAGAGAACGCGAACAGCAUUGCUGAACAGCCUCCAUAAUGAGCUGCAAAGACAGACUCAGGUGCUUCUGGGUCAGCCGCUCAGCGGUGAUGAGGAGCGAAUGGAGAAUGGAAGCCAUGGGGGAAUACUGGAGUCUAUCAAGCGUGCAAUGCGUGUGCGUAGUCACUCAAUGGAGACGAUGGGGAGCUCUCAGAAGCAUGGCCGUUCUGCAGGCGGUGGUGGAAUGCCCACCAGUCUGAGUGGAGCAGGUCUCACCCACAGCAGCCCUGAGUGCAACAGGAACUCGUCCCCAGUAUCAUCGACGGCUAAGUCUCCUCUGAAGAGCCCGGUGAAGAGACGCUCGUGUCUUUUCCCACGGCUGCACACUAGCAUGGACGGUCAGACAGAGCGUCUAACUCGCAGUAUGCUUUGUGAUCAGAGGAGUCUAGACAACGGUCACCUCUCGCAAGAAGUUAAAUCGGGGACCUCAUCAAACCCCAGUUCUCCAGAGAUCUGCUUGAGUCAGGAAAGACCCAGUCUGAAGCUGCAGGAGUGCACUCAAAGCCCAGAAAUCUCUUGCUCUCCAUCAAGCACCAGCAGCUUCAGUAGUGUGGCUGGAGAUACAGACACACUUGAGGAAGGAGACCCUAACAAUCUACAGGUUUCUCCCAGUUUGUCACCUGUGUGUAGUUCCUCUCCUGGUCUGGAGGGUCAAAGUGUAGGAACUCCUGUUAUCAUGUGUCGCAGUCCCACCGACUUCAAGAAUAAACAUUCUCCCGGGUCCAGUCUAAAGUUCCGCUUCGACAAGCUGAGCAACGCAGCACCUGGGCACUAGUGACCGGACAAUGAAGGGAGACCAGGAGCACUGUGUGAGACAGAUAUGAGCUGUGGAAUGAGACACCACACUGAGGAAGUGGGACACUGGAUUUGAAAUAUUGCUAAAGCUUGAGUUGCCUUCAAGAUGCUAUGAGUGAUAUGAUCACACACAUUUCAUAUACACAAAUAACACAGCAUUAUUAGAGCUUAGCAGGUUUAUUCCACCAUUGAUUCUGUUUACCUUGAAUAGUAAGCCUAUGAUUACAAUGAAGUUUUCCAAAAAAAAAAAAAAAAAAAGGAUUGUGAUGCAUUCAUAGGAUAAAGCUAGAGCAUUUGAUAGCAACAGAUAUCAAUGGUUGAGACAGAACAGUGAACGGUUAUGUCGGACAACAUUCCUGCAACAUAUUUAAUUCAAAACAACAAAGAAUUUCAGAAAGAUUUUUUGGUUUCUGUUUUGCACUGGCCAUGCAUUGUGAUUUAUUGUCUUUGACAGCUCAGCUGAAUGAGAUUAGAGUUCCUUUUAUUGUCCAAAUAUUCAUAUCUGUUAUUAUGCUUGGUAAUAACCCUGCAAGCAUAUGAAAAGUAGACAAACCUUUUGAAACCAGUAUCCCCUUUCAGUGUGAACAAAACUCAUACACUCCCUUAUAAUGUGUGUACAGAUUUUUUUUUUCUCGCAUUAUACCAUCAAACAAAUUUUAGGUAUUAUAUGGGCCAGCUUAUUUAUUUAUUUAGAGAUUUAUUGAUUCCAAAACUUACCUCCAAAGAACACACUCCAGUUACACUGUAAUAAAAUAUAAAUUUUUUUUAUUGCCAUACAUUUCUUGGUAUUCAAUAUUGGUUUUUCCAAUAUUGCCCUAAAUUCGAUUAAAAUUAUUUAGAUGUGUAUUUUAUGCAGAUUUUAUUAAGUUCAUCAGUUACUGUUAUUACAAAAUAUUAACUAUACUAAGCUUAACAAGAGAAGUUGGCAGUCAUCUAUACAAACAUCACAACAUUAAUAAAAAUCAGAUUAAAAUCUUUGACCCCUUGGCUAAAUGUCACAGUGGGCACUGAGUUAUUGCAUAUUGUUUGAUUAAAUCUGAGCCUUGGUUAAUUAAGUAAGAAAUAAAAACGGACAGUGAUUAUUUUCCUAUAACAGCAUGUCCUCAAGUGUUAUUCCUCAUAUGCCAUGGCAAUUUAUAGGAAAUUUUAUUGUAGAACAUCUGUAAACUUUAUGUUUUAACUUGAUUUAAUUCUUUUCUCUCUCUUGAAGAAAAAGGCAAAGAAAAAAUACAGCUUGAAACUAGAAAGCAUUCAGUCUUGCAGAGACUGCUCACAGAAAGAUUUACUCUCGGCUUUAAUCCAUUUAUGUGGAGAAUCUGCAAUACGAGAUACAAAUCCCUGUGCGACUUGUUACUAUAGAAACGGUAACAUGAAAAAGAUUUUUGUAUCAGUGUGACUACUCUGCUUAAAUAAAGCUUAAGUAAAAGAACUAGCACAAUGUAUUAGAACAAAUAAACCUGUCUUUUGUCUUGCUGCCAGAAAUGCUUUCAGAGCUGCUGUUAUAGAAACUUCAUCAUCUUCUGUCCAAUCAGAGUCAAGCAUUCAGCUGUUUUUUUAAUACUGUAAUAUUAAAAAAACAGUGAAUAUGGGUAUUAGUAGGAGUGACAGAGAAAGCAAUUGGAUUAAAAAUUGUUGGGAGAGAAAACCCCAUUUACGGGAAGUGCAGGUUUAAUUUCCAAGAAAGAAAUAUUUCUGCAAAUAUUUUAUUUUAGAGAAUAAAUCAAAUCUAAUAUCUAGUACGAUGUGAGAUUUAUAGUAAGUAGUUAGCAAUACUAGGGUCUUCUAAGAGAAAUGGUACUGAAUCGUGGUACUAGACCUCAAGGAAUACAACAGCUUUAGAAAUUGACCUUUAUAUAUCUAUAAAUAUAUAUUUAUUCUAGUUGCACAAUGCUGUCUUUGAUUUGGAAUAAACUUGAGUACAGUAAUUGUUAUUGAUUCAAAGACAAUGAGCAAUUCACUUGGUGAUAUUGUUAAUGCCAUAUAGAGAUAUUAUAUGUUAAUGGAAUGAAAUGCACUUGUUUAUACUGUAAGUCCAGCACUUUUUUUUUUGUUGUUGCUGUUGUUGAUAUUGUUUUUCUUACCAGAUAAAGCUCUGGAUUUCCUUGCACUGUGUGUCAGUCCACAUUUUGCACAUUGCUUAUUUUUAUUUGUAAUUUGUACUAUAUACUACUGUCAAAUGAUUAAAAAAAAUACUGGGAGAAGCUUUUCCAAUUAUAUGGUGGUCUGAGAAAACCCUUCAUGUGUUCACAUUAGAUGUGAACAUAUGAAGAAACUUUCCUGAACUAUAAUAUGUUACUGUUUUGCAUGCAUCGCUACACUAUAAAAUAUAGAGCAGUUCACUAUUAGCAAAAAGGAAGAAAAUAUUAAUAUAAUUUAAAUAUUUCAAUCCAAUAAAAUACACCUCUCUUACCUGUACAUUUCUAAUCUAUUUAUGGAAAAACAACAUUUCUGCCAAAUUUAAAAGAAUUUCAGAUUUAUAUUUGGAAAUACGUCAUCGCGUUGAUUGUGAGCAUCAUCCGCAUCAGUCUUUGUUUCAUCAUCUGAGAUCAAAGUCACUCAGUUCAUUUAAGCACAAGGCUCAUGGUCGUCUCUUCACUCAGACAGUCUCAGUGGAGAUGGGUGGAGAAACAAUCGCUGAUUAAUUCAGUCAGUUCAGUUCUGUUAAAUUUUAUUUCAUUUAAACAAUUUGACAGAUUAAUAUUUUCACAGACCACCAUAUAAUUCCCUGACUGACAGUGAAACUAUAGUGAACCCACUUAGAUUCCCCUAACUAUAGUGAACUCACCAGUAUGUAUAUUUGUUAAGUAUGUUGAUAUGAGCGUCAGAAUGUUAAACUGAAGUUAAAACAUUAAUUCACUUAGAUAUUGAUCUCUCAACUCUGGAGGCACACUGAUUUGCACAGGCUCUGGUUUUCCCUGUUGGCAUGAUCCAAUUUGUGGAGGCCAUAUUUUAAUCAUGAUCAUGAGUUUUGGGUUUUUCGAUCAAUUCAUUGUGCUAAUAUUAGAAUUCAGUGGUCAUUGACUCCGGUACAUUUAAUCACAGCCUUCAUUUUUUUUUAGAUGUUUAACUCACUGUUUGGUUGCAUAUUACAAUGGCAUAUUUAUUUUAAUUUAAGUCCAAUUAGGUUUUCCAUUUAGUAUUUAAAAGAUAUUCUUUAAUAUUUUGACAAAAGAAUUGUUGUAUUUGGAUUCAAGCACAUGUAUACAAUUUAUAAUUUAAAAGAAAAAAAUGUUUUGUCAAGUUGAAUUUAAAGCUAAAUAAAAAGAUUAUUUUUUGCUGAAUUGCCUGAAGCUGUGAUGAAUAAUAGUUGUGUUUGGAGCAUAGAGAACCGAUAUCAUAACUGAUAUUAUCCACAAGGGCCAUAAUGGGCCACCUGUACCAGAGCCACGGCCACCCGAGCAUCACAUGGUGGCACCUGCCAACCUUAAAAUAAGCCUAGCCACUCUAAUUAUCACUCCAACUCAAACCCCUCAUCAUCUGAGAGAUCUAAUAGUCCUCACAAUUCAUUCUCACUUCAUAAAUUAUAUCGGCCCAUUAUUGAUUUCUAUCAUCAAAAAUUUUGAUCAAAUCCCUUCAGUAUUAGGAACUAUGAAGUCAAUGCAGUGAUGGCAUUACGUAGCCAUAAUAAGAAUGCCUGGAAUGGAAAUGUGUUGUGCAAUGUAUUACAGAAUAUUUCAGUUUCUUGCAUUAUGGGUAAUUCUUCUGAUAUUUUAUUUCUGAUAAAACAUAUAUAUAUAUUUGGUUGUAUGUUUAUGACUACUGAUUUUCUUAAUUAAGAAUAAUAUUUUGUAUUGUUUUAAUCUUUAUUCUGUAUACUUUUGUCAAAAAAAGCACCAAUUUACACAGUGUAGUUUAGGUGAUUUGAAUAUUUGUGGUACAGAUUCCCAGUCCCAGUCAAUGUCUUUCUUAUAUAUGGUAAAUAAAUAAAACAUUUUGUAAUAAUUUUAUGUUUCCACUCUUGAUCAUCUCUCUCUCUCUCUCUCUCUCUCUCUCUCUCUCUCUCUCUCUCUCUCUCUCUCCAAGAUUUCU